AUGUCUUUACUAUCAACUAAAGCAUUUUCUAUUCUUAAAAAUGCAGUGACUUCUCCCUACAUUCGAGCAUUAUCAGUGACUAGUAAAUUAAAUAUAAAAGAACUACGUGAAUACAAAGAGGGAAAUAAAUUAAUUAUUGAAGGUGUAAGCUUGCCGUCACCGAGAUCAGAACUGUUAGUUAGAGCAGAGAAGAUUCCAGAUUUAUUACCGACCAAAGACAGUGAAAAAUCCUUGUGUUACAUGUGUAAAUUAGAUCUUGAUGUUAAACACACAGAUGUUCUGAUACUAAGCCAGUUCGUUCGCAGUGAUGGAUGUAUGUUACCGCGUCGAAUUACUGGAUUGUGUCGUAUGCAGCAGAAAAAAGUUGGCAAAAUGGUUACAAUGGCUCAAAAAGCAGGUCUUAUGAUUAACCUUACACCAUCUUUUUGCAAAAAAGACCCCAAAAAGAGGUAUGGUUAUAAAAAAUUUAAUACUUACUAUGACGAGAAGACCAUUUUUUGGAAGAGAAUUCCAAACCAAAAUGACAGGUUUAAGCGUUAA